AGGGCGCGGCCAGGGUUUUGCGGCGAGGCCCCUCCGUGAGGUGUCUGGUCCUCUCUGAGGUGUGAAGAGGCGCCCCCUUUCUUUCGGCGCUGCCGGGCCUCCUCCCCAGAAGGGCCUUUCCCGGCCGGGGGCGGCGAGGCGGCUUCCUCCUGCCCGAGGGACGAGGCCCGUCCCAGCCGGUUCCUGCAGCCCGGGAGGCCGGCCAGGCCCAGAGGCGGAAGGAGCGGCGCCAGAGGAAGGCGCGCCUCGCCCAGGUAGGGGAGCCGGAGACGCCAGGUGAGCAGCGAGGGUCGCCCCAAAGCCGCGCGCCCCGCUCUCCUCCUCCUCCGCCUCCGCCUCCGGGGGGCGAGCGCAGCCUCCCCCGCGGCCGCCCUGCCUGGACGGAGGACCUUCCCGCCCCAAGUCCCGGGGCAGGAAUGGAGGCCGGGGAGGAAGGCCCACCGAGGGCACGGGGCUUACUCCUCUGUAGGCCUCCGUAGGCCUCGGGACCUGAACUGGGUUUCCUCACCGAGAGGCGGUGGUGGUGGUUUGCGGGGGGGGGGGGUCGCCGCCUUUGCCACCCCCGUCUUGGGAGCAGCAGCGCGACCAUUUCGAAGGCAUCUGUGCGUUUGGGUUGAGCCAAUAUUCUUGGAAAGGCUUUUCCUGAACCCGGGAUGCGCCCCCCUGGGAAUUGCUGCGCAGACGAGCGAGGGGAAUCAGCUCCGCUCUUCCUUAGGGACUUUCCUACAGAACCACAGAAUCGUGGAAUUGGAACCCACUAGUCCAGCCCACUUCAAGGCAGGAAUCUCUUUUUUUUUAUUUUUAAUAAUAUUUAUUAAAAUUUCAAAAGAAGAAAAAUCACAUUAAUAAGAAAAUUAACAAUAAAAAAGAAAAAUACAAAAUACAAAAAAGAAAAAACAGUUAAAAACAAUUCCAUCUUUUCUUCACUUCUUUUACAUGUACUUGUUUCCUGGACCACCUCAUACCUCCCUCUUUUGUAUUCCAAUUCAGUAUGUUAAUCCAGCAAUUCCUUUCCCUCCUUUUUAAUCCUAAUCUUUAAUCUUGAUAAAUUAUAACAUUAAAUUUUUACAUAUUAAAAACCAAUUUUUCCAUAUUUUUUUAUACCAUUACCGCUAGAAACCGCUUAACUUCAAUCUGUCAUCAUUCUAACAUUCAUUAAUUUUACAAUAUUUCUGUAAGUAGUCUUUAAAUUUCUUCCAAUCUUCUUCCACCGACUCUUCUCCCUGGUCUCGGAUUCUGCCAGUCAUUUCCGCCAAUUUCAAGGCAGGAAUCUCAACUAGAUCAUCCAUGACAGAUGGCCACUGCACCUCCAAGGAGGCUGACUGCUUAGAGCAGAACCAUUGAAAUGAAAUAAGAGUUAUGACUAACUUAAACCCAGUUGAUGUCCGUGUGUCUCCUCUCAAGUCUGGGUCCAGCCCAGAACUGAACCAGGGCUGCUACAGACUCUUCUCCCUUCAUUCCUUCUGGCAAACACAGCUGACCCUCUGGAAUCUCCUUGGGGAUAACCUGAUCUUCAAGUGGGAGAAAGUCACACUAAAGUCAACAGGUCUUACUGCUUAGUUAACAUUUAUAUGACUAGCCCAUGAGGCUGUCAUCCUGUAGGCCUCUGCUUCAGAAUAAGCUCUGUUGAACUUACCAGGGAGUUGUUUCAGAGUAAGCGGCCCUCAAGGUACUCAGAAGCAAGUUGCAUCAAAGUUAAUGGCACUUAACUUCCAGGUAAUUACUAAUCAGGGCUAUAAGACUGCAAAUUUAUUCUUUGGUUGUGGUAAACUGCAAAGUGGUGUUUCCCUCAGUGUCUGAAUUUGUCUGUAAUGCAAAUUUACUUAGAAACAAGUCCCACUGAGUUCAACAUGACUUACUUCCAAAUUUACUUGCAAAUAAGUCCCCUUGACCUGCAAAAUUUCUGUCUAAAUAUGUUCAGUUUAUGCUGUAAGGUUGUAAACCUAUACAUACUUACUUGGAAGUUGGAUCCUUUGAUAAUCAGAUUCGUGUCCAUUUUAGAGGGCCUGGAUGGAAAGGAGCUCAGGGCUUCCUAUACACUUACUGGUGGUGUGAAUGAGAAAAAUUCAACAGAGGUGGUGUUUGUCAGACCUCCACGAUGAUGCAUGACUGCUGAAAUUCUUAUCUGUGCAAAAGACCCAUCUUUCUUGCCCAAACCACUCUGAUUAUUACCACCAGAGGCGGAUUUAGGGGAGUGAGACCCGAUUGCCCACACUGGGCGCCAAGCCGAGAUGGUGCCGCAGGUAACACUGCAACAGUGGUGAGUAAUUGAAGGCAAGAGGUAGGGCACACACCAAAUUUUGGCAUUGCACAGGGCACUGCUAAAAUUUUAAAGCCCCAAGUCCACCACUGUUACUACCUCAGUGUUUGCUGUGUACCAGUUCAGUACACUGAAAGGCUUCUGGUUCCUCUGAUGUCACGAUUUCCUUACCACACAAGAAACAUAUGUCCCAAGAGGCCAGGUGCUGCUUGUGUGAUAUGGUAAACAAAACACAUGAGGAAUCACAUGCAGUGUGAACUCGUAUUUGGAGUUGCUUGGGAGAACCAUGUAGGUGGUGAUACUAACUGGAGAGCCUGUCAAGGAGGGUUCUAGGCAGGCAAAAAGGGGUUGAGAAUAAGAGGAAAAAGGACACUUUGAAAGGUAAAACUUUGUCCUCCUGUAACAACCCCAAGGCCUGUAAACACUGAACAGCCUACUCAAUUUAGCUUUAGGUGAGAUAUAGCUGAAUAUAGCAUAGGAGUGUUGUACCUGCUUCUCUCCCAGGAAAAGCAGCAGCUCAGGGGGUACUUUUACUGUGCUAUAGGUAAAGAAGGCUAAACCCUUCCUUCUUGCCUGCCAUGGUCCCAGUCUGGGUUAUCCCCGAGCUAUUGUUUUCAAAGUAAAAACAAGACAUCGGAAUGCAUACACAUAUUUAUCAGUUAGCUUGGCACUGAGAAAAUAAUUAUAUGUUACCUGAGCAAAUACAACAACAACAAUCUUUAUUACGGGCCAGAGACCCAACAAAUCGUUACAAGGCAAUACACAAUUCAUACAACCUACCUCCAGGUUAAACAAGCAUUUUGUUCAGAAUAUAGGGAUCAUUGGUUCUUGCAACCUCCGAUAAAAACUUUGCCGCUGCUAAUGUCCUAGGCGCUGAGGUUUUACCCACAGCGUCACCCGCGUCCCUUAACAUCUUUUGGGCGCCUUCAUAACCCAGGUAAUACAGUUGGGGGGUGACAGACCAAUAGAGAUGGCUUUUUUAGUCAUGGUUUUCUGCCAUUUGCUGACAAAUUCCUCAUUGGUCAGGUGUUGGUACAAACCCUUCCCUAGAUCAAACACUGAAAUCCUGAGCCAAUGUUUUAGGGCAGCCCACCACGCUUUAGUUGAAAUUGGGCAUUCCCCAGCUUCUAACAGAAGUAUGGAGUUGGGGACACAGUUGGGUACCUGCAGCAGAGAUCGUAGAAAUUUUGCCUGAAAGCCAUCUAGCUUUGGCAGGUCCCCAUUAUGCCAGACAUUAGCAGCGUACAGGAGUUGGGAAACGGGUUUUGUGUUGAAAACCCUUAAGGCUGUUGGAACAUAUUUGCUGCCCUUUGUGAAAAAGAAUCUGAGUAUGGCUAGCUUUGUGAUCUCUGUCUUUUGAAGGGAGGUUUGCCAGUGGUGCUUCCAAGAUCCUGUAUGAUGGAGUGUGAGCCCUAGAUAACUGAAGUAUUUGAUCUGUUCAAGGUUAUGGCCAUCCAGCACCCAUUUAGACCGGAAGAAGCUUCUUUCAAAAACUAAAAUUUUAGAUUUUUCAUAAUUAAUGGAGCAAAUAAGGUAUUCUCAAACCUUCAUCUCCUGUACUGUGUAAGAUGAAGGAGAGGGAAGGAGUGACAGUGGGAGGUGUGUGCACAUCAGACAACUGCAAGGGUGGGGUGGGUAUUUGCAUAGGAAGUGCAAGGGGUGUGGAAGUGCAAGGGGUGUGUGCAAGGGAUGUGCUUAACCUCUAACCAUGUAUGCUGAUCUCACACAUACAUACACACACACACACACACACACACACACACACACACCUCUCUACCUGUCCAGCAGGAUUUCCUCCAAGGACUUGGAAAGAAAGCAGAUUAAAAAUGUCCUUGGGUAGCUGACACCCCAGAGGAGAUUUGGAGGGCAAGUAGCCUCCUGCUCUCUCCUCAUGCGUAUGAGCAAGCGGGAGACCCUUAUUUUGUACCCUUUACUUCAGUUUUACUAAAAGAAUGACGCCACUGUGUUUGCGUUUUCUUCCCUGUUCUCUGCAACACAACAGCUUUACCUGGUGCCUGUGUGGUGCUGACAAACAUUUCCUGCUUUUUGACUGAACAGCCGGUUGAAGUUUUAUUGUGUUUGUUAUCUCAUUAAAACUAGAUUCCUACACAUACUUGAAGUCCUGUUAAGAUCAGUACUAGUUUCUUCUUGGUUGGGUUGAGUUGUGUGUUUCUGCUUCAGUUCACUUCUUCCAUUUUGGUACUUAAAUUUCCUAUCUGCAUAGCUUGGUGAAGGUCAUAGGAAACCCAGAGGAAACACUGUGACUUUGCACACUGGCUCUCUUUGUUUCCUUUCCUGAGCAGGCAAGCUGCAUGAAGGUCUUUUCACAAUUUUAGAACCAUUUUACCAUUUUAAACAGCACUUGAUUGAAAUAAAGGUAAGGGUCUUGAUCUAGCUGUAGUCACACUAUGUUGUGGGUAAUUUGUAGCCCUGGACCAAGGUGCCUGUUCCCACCCACAUAUAAUUCAUCUCAUAGGGUGCACUGGGAACUGGGUGAACCUCUCCAUGUCCUUGUUGAUGUGGGAAUCCACAUUGUUUCAAUGUGCCGAUUGCCAUUGUUGCCUCAUUUGCUCUGUGUUUCUUUGCUGCUAUUGUGUGCUAUGCUUAAGAAACUCGAGCCUGUGCUAUUUAAUAUAUUAAUAUUCUUUAUGAAGAGCUAAUUUAUUUGAGCUGAAUGAUUCCCUGUGGAUCAUUCUUGCAGUUAAAAAUAUGUAGUUACUACACUCCAGACUGUUGUCCACUAGCUUGCCAGCUUAAUUCAAUUAAAGCUGCCAUCUUAAAAUAUAUUUCAGUCUAAGAUCCAAAGCAUUAUACUCUUGGGAUAUAAUCUCUGCUUGAGUGUGGAUUUAGCCUAACAUAAUUCUUUGUUGUUGCUUCCUUUUACAGUUAGUUAAUUUAAUAGAAAGCAGAUUUCAUAAAACGGUUGAUCAUUAAUGUUUAUUGUGAUUAACAGCUAAUCAUCCUUACCCAAUAAACACGUGCACUGCUUCAAGCAAAUAUAAGAUUUUGCUGUCUGUUUUAUGCCAAGCUCUGGCUGUAAUCCAGCCACCAUUUGGAUUUAUUUAAGAGCCCGUUCACAUGACCCAAAAACUUAAUGAAAUAAAAAUAAAAGUGGCACUGAUACUUGGUCUUGUGGCCAGGAGGGAUCACCUUUCAGAAGUGUGAAGAGGCAACUGUUUUUAUCCACAACUCUGCAGACUCAAACUAGAAUAGAGCAGGCUAGGUAGUACCAGUAACUACUAUCCUGGUUGUCUGCGGCAAAUAAAAUUGCUUCUAGAUGACAAGGCAGAGAUGCUUUUGAAAGUUGCUGGUGUGUCUGUGUGCCACAAAAUGACCAGUACACUGCUAACCUUUGUGAGCUGAACUAGAUUCAUAGAGUUGGAAAGGACCUCAAGGGACAUCUAAUCUAAUCCUCUGCAGUGCAGGAAUCCCAUCCAAUUUUGAACGAUUCUGGACCCUGCUUAGCUUUGCAAAGGUGCUAGCAGUUUUAUUGCUGCACCAUUAGGAGACACAUGACAACAUGACAGAACAACUGAAAUAGCAGCCUGCAGCUCUCUUAUUUUUCAAAGUGCAUCAGAGGGAAAAGUAUGAGGAGUCUCCCAAUCUGAACCAGAGAGUAAACAGUUGAUAGAAUGAGUUGCCUAACACUUUCCCCAACUCCUUUCUCUCUUCUCUGCCUAACCUUUGAGUGGGAGAUCUAGAGCAGUGGUGUCCAAACUUUUUUCAAAGAGGGCCGGAUUUGCUGAAGUGAAAGGGGCUGACCAAAGUUGUUGAACUUUUUUUAGGAUUGAAGUUGUUGGGCUUUUUUAGGAUUGAUGUUGUUGAGAUAUUUUUAGGAUUUUCCCUCAGGAAAUAAACUGCCACGGGGGCCAGAGGAUCACAGCACAGGAAACCUAGACAUUAAUUAGAGAAUUCAUAAAAAUGAUAUGCAAGCUCUUUUGCUCUCUCCCAACUGUUACUGGCUGCAUUUUACUUUUCUUGGUACCCUAUAGUAAGCAUGCAGGUUUAAUUUAAUAUUGAUAUUUUUAUCUUUAAAAAAAAGUUCUCUGAAACUUUAGCUUCUCUCAAGAUGUUAAAGAAUGCAAAAUGUACUUUGCAUAUUAAAGUAGUCUGAUAUUUCAUGUUGCAUCUCAGAAGAAACAAAGAGUUAUUGGUGGAGGGCAGAUACAUGUGGAGACAGGGAUCUCCCUCCCUUUUAAAGAUCCAGAUCAAUAGCUUUCUGCUUUACAUUUAAAUAAGAGGUGUAGCUGACAGCCAGAGGAACAAAGGGAAAGCAUCAAAGAGUUAACAAACAUUGCAAGGAAUCCUUUGGCUUUGUUUCAUCUAUCCAUUGAUGCAGGUUCUUUUAUUUUUUUUAACUGUUGUGUUUGCAGUUUCAUUUUUUUUUUUAAUGCCUACAUGGCAACAAUCUUUCUAGGCUGUCAAAAGGUAGUACUCAUGAAUGAUACAAAUUGGGCUUUAUUGUAGAAGGUUUCCAAAUUUUUAUUGUGGAACAUUUCCCUUCAUUAGGCAUUGAGGAAGAGUUAAUUCUGGCAGUUCACUAUAAACAGUAAUACUUGGCGUCAAAUGCUAUUAAGGAGAUUAUGUUAUCUCUUAGGAACAGAGAAUGCUAUGGUCAGGGGUAAAUUAAUUUCCUAGGGUGCUACAGUAAUUUUUUUCUUGUAAAUGGAAACUUUCUAAUUGGAGCCCCUCAGGAACAAUAUGCUGAAAACUGGGCAGAUGUUCUCUUUUCAUGAUCCCAUCUCCCUUCGUGUUUUAACUUGUUUCUGAUUUUUUUGCAGGGGCAUUCUGGCACUGUUUAGAAAAUCUGGGAAAUAAACUUGGGCUGAAGGAUUUGCUUACCUAGACCUUUGGUGGGGCAGAGUGGGUGGGGGCAGCUAUUCAGAAAGGGGGCUCUGCCUCCCAAGAGCUUCUGCCUGCCUAUCUGCCUGUUGCUUAUUACUCACACAGGGUCAAUUUGGUGCUGAGGAAAAGACCCACUUCCUGACUCUUCCAGAGUCCAUUCCCAUGUGGGUAGGCAAAACUAACCUCCCAUUUGCCUAGCCUUGGUCAUCCCACUACAAGGAGGCAAGCAAGAACAUUUCUGUUUUAAGUCCACUUUGGGCUGUGAUCUAGAUAUUUGAUUUUUCUGCUGUUCCCAUACCUGCUCUCUUUUUGCUGCAGCUUAGGGUUUUAAUGGUAUUUUUUAUGUACAUCAGGACUGGGCAGACUUUAGGAUUGCAGAAUCUAUUUUGUUUUCCCACUAGAAUUCUGAGUUACACCAAGUGGAUCAGGAAGGGAGACAUAGAAUGGAAGAACAUGUUGCUUCAGAGCCCAUUGUCAGCCCAGGAGUUUCCUUGCAACGCCAGAACUCUUCUCUUCUCUUCUCUUCUCUUCUCUUCUCUUCUCUUCUCUUCUUCUCCUGCCCCAUUUUCCAGCAGCCUAAUUUAGCAGAGAGAGAGAGAGAGAAAAUAAUUAUUUUUCUCAUCACCACUGCUAAAAGCAUUGUGAGCUGGAGUUACUUAUCCACUGCAGAUCACUCAGACAGUUUCCUGAAGAUCCAUACUGAUCUGCCCACUCUUGGAAAGGUGUUUGAUGAAUUUAAUAAGAAAUAAGCAGAUAGGUACCUUCUUUUUAUUACAAGAGAAACUUGCAGAAAGGUCAUGCAAUGCUGAGUGCCUAGCACAGCUGCAACAAGAUGUGUCUGGAACUGAGCCCUAAAAUAUGCUCUGGUGAAGCUUUUCUCCUUCUCUCUGAUUCUAAUAAUUUUCGUUUUGUUUUUCAGGGUUGAUCAAGGACUGAAGAACUAGAAGACAACAUUGUCUGCAUUGGAUAGCUUUGUAUAUGGAAGGCAUGUCAGAAAUCGAUUUUGAAAAGUUAGCUGAAAUAGGUAAAUUAUAGAUAGAUCUAUUACUGCCCAUCAAGUGGCAUCUUCUAUAUAUUUCCAGAUGAUUUAGAAGACAUUCUUCCCUAAGUGAAAAACUUUUGCCAGGAUAGUGUAAUAUUUUUGAGUUACAACCGUUGCACUGGCAUGUACCUUAUUAUCAAAAGCUAUUAAGGUUGAAGGUUAGUUUAAUACACACAGUUUAAAUGAAUUAUUGGCAUGUGUUCCCAGUGAAAUUCUAGGCUAUUGGAAUAAUGCUAUCAUCACAUAUUGUGGCACAAAUGGGAGUCAUUACUCUAAAGAGACAAGUAUUGAAUGAGGCUAGAGACCUCCUGAUUGUGUGUUAUCUUUUGAAGAUGUUCCAAUGAACAUAACCAUAUGGCCAACUCAUUAGGGGGCCCAUCAUUUUUUUGGGGGGGGGGAUCAAUUCUAACAUAUAAUAAUAUAGAAAUUUGACUUUUGAAAACCCUGUUUAUUCAGAAAACAUAAAUUGUAUCUCACCACUUAUACAUAAAAGGGAGAAAAUUGCACACAAAUCAUUGUGUGUAAGAACAAUCCUCUGUAGUUGGAAGCAGUAUACCUUUGAGUGCUUGGAUGCCUGGAACAAAUAACAGCAGGUUGCCAUCACCACCUUACCCUGCUCAUGAACUUCCAGAAGCAUCUGGUUGGCUGCUGGACUAGAGGGAUGCUUAAUGUGACACGGAAAUAAUAUAAUUCUUACUUUUUAAACAUACUAACAGUGUUUACCGGUCCAUUAAGAAAGCAUUGCCUAUUUACUUUGAUAAAUGAUGACAUAAGCUAAUAUUUAAUAUGAGUAGAUUUCCAUUAGAGUUAAUGCCUGAUCAUUUUUACAUUUUAACUUUACAAAAUAGUGUCUGUAUAAAACUGUUUCUUCCUUGCUAUUAAAAUAUGUCACUUUUAACAUAAGUGCUAUGGCUUAUGCUUUAUGCAAUGUGAAAAUUGGCAUUGUUAUAGUUAACUAUUGCUGUAUUAAUAAUUAUAUGAAUUAUUAAUCAAAAGUUAAUGAUUAAUUUGUUAUCCAGGAUCUUUACACUGCUCUUUAAACUUUCUAAUAAAUGUGAUGUGCCAAUAGCAUUAGUGCUGUUAAUGCUUAACCAUCUCCUUCCAAAAAUUUUUAGAGGUCCUGUUCACAAGAUAUGCAGAAAAUCUCCACAGUAACAACUGUAACAUCAAUGUUUUCCAUUAAUUUCACCCCCUUCAGCUGUUCAUAUCAGCACGGGUUCAUUAGUGCCAUAUUCAAUGCAAUGCAUCAUAGAUUUAGAAUUGCAGGGUGGGAAGAGACCACAAGGGUCAUCUAAUCAACCUCCCUGCAAUGCAGGAAUCGUCUGUCCAACAUGGACUCAAACCAUGCACUCAUGCACCAGUCUCAUGCACUACAGACUGGGCUAUCGCAACAUCAAACAGUAGUGUUUUAUAAAAAAUACAUAGGCAUUUUGGAUAACUGUUGUAAGAACAUGGAUUCAAUAAAAACAAAUAACUGUGUGUGGGAGGGUUAUUGGUUUUGUUUGUUAUUCUUGUAUGUAUUUUUGUGUUUUGUAUUGUAAACUGCCCUUUGAUCUUCGAAUGAGGGUGGUUUAGAAAUUUUAUAAAUUAAAAAAAGUAAAAUAGACAAAAUUAAAAACCCAUCACUGGAAAUUCACUGCCAUAAAAACACAGUGAUUGUCAUUGGCUUCUAUGGCUUUAAAGGGGGAGUGGGCAAUUUCACCAUCUAGCAGUGGUCACAGACCUGUCAAUACUGGAAACCCCAGCAAGGGAGAGUGGCAGCCUUCAAGCCCCAGUUGUGAGCUGCCCAGAUGGAUUCGCUUGCCAGCAAACAGGACUCUGGACUAGAAGUACUUGGCAUCUGAAUAACUGGAAUAUAUUAAUAAAGAACAGUAUUCUUUUUUUAAUUAUUUGGUCCUGAGUUACUGGGUUGUUGUUUUUUUUAUAAAUGUACCUAAAUAUGUUUUUUGCUUCAGAAUUAAGGAAAGAUGAGGCAGAAAAUGCAGAUCUUGAAGGGAGCCAGGUAUCAUUUGCAUCUGUGUCAAAUGGUGAUGCUGAAAUAAGCCCAACACACCCAUAUUAUGAUGUGGCCAGACAUAAUAUACUUCACCUUGUAGGUAUGUUUGCUGAAAACCUCUUUGGCAUCUUCUUUGUAUUUGCAAAUCAUUUAAUUUUUCUGCUUUAAGUUAUAUAACCUGUAAUAAAGAAAUACAGUGCUUGGAGGAUUAGGGCAAAAAUAGAAGCCUGCAAAUAGAAGGGAAAGCAAAUGGAGUGGGCUAAAGAUCCUAUUGAAGGUUUCUCAGCUUACGUGUGUGUAAGUCAGCAAUCUUACUGGCUCAUCAACCCUUGCAUUCAGAUGUAGGGUUGACACUCAUCCUGUAUAAUACGGCACCUUCCUAUAUUUCAGUGUAAAAUGCUGUGUUCUGUAUUGAUUAUUGAACACAGUUUGUCCUGCUAGCCUCUCUCUCUCCCCCAAGUUAGGGAUCCUCUCCAAAUGCCCACCCCUGCUCCUAUAGGGCAGGCAUUAGGAGAAAACACCUAUCACUUCUUUCAUUUCCUUUUUUCUCCUCUCUCCCUCUCUCCUCAUCCCACCCCAAAGGAGGAGCAAACCAGGCUGGGAGUGCAGGGGCCCAUCAAUAGAUUCAGAAGCUCUAGCAACAAGCGGUUUUGUGUCAGUGCAGCCCAGAAGCCCCAUUUGUGAACAUGGUUAUCUGCGUGAUAUUUGGGAGAGGAGGUGGGGGAGAAGUAGCUCCCACAACAGCUUGUUUUUAAUAAUUGCUGAUCCACUCUCAAUUUAUCUUACAUCCUCCUGUUUAACUUUUGUCCUCCAGAAUGUAAAGCUUUGCAUUUAAAACAUGUACAUUUAGAGUGAAAUUAUCACACUGAUAACUAAACUCUUGUUGGUUUACCAGGUGAUGAUAAUUUGGGGAGAAAAGUGAUUGCUUUCAGUUGCUGCCGUUUGCCUCCUUCCUAUCAACUUAAUCACAGACGGUUAUUAGAGUAAGUCUUUUCUUAUUUUCACUCAUGUGUCAACAGGCAGGGCAGGGCGGGGGCUACAUCCAUUAUAGCUUUCCAAUCGUCAGCCGUAAAAUCAAGCAUCAAUCACUUCAUCAUUGAAUUAUGCUCUUUCUUUGUAUUUGAGUGAUCUCUGAACAAGCUUUUAAUACUAGCAAGUCCUAUGGGGGAUGUUCAAUGUUUGGGCUUGAGCAUACCAUGAAAAUAGUAUGUAUUAGGCCAAUGGGCACCUGUAUUCCUUCUCUUCUUUAGAGCUAAAGAACCACAGUGAAAAUACAGUGUAUAUAUUGGUGUGUUCUAUGCUGCUUUUAUUCCAGAUAUUUAAAGUAUGCACUGGACCAGUAUGUAGAAAAUGAUUACACAGUGAUCUACUUUCACUAUGGACUGAACAGUAAGAAUAAACCCUCCCUGAGUUGGUUACAAAGCGCCUACAAGGAAUUUGACAGGAAGUAUGUUUUCUAAAUUAUGCUUUUUUAAAAUAAAAAUUAAAAAAUCACCAUUAUAAAGGCAUAGUUUGGCCAGGUUUUUCCCACUUUUAAUUAAAAAUUGAUUGCAUUUCCAUCCUGCCCGCCCCUUCCUGGGGCACGUCAUAGCACAUAUUUGGUCUUCCUAUUUUUGUCAUCACAAUAACCUAGAGCUUAAGCUGCCUUUGCAGAAAGGCCUGUGGCACUCAUUCACAGAAGGGAGGAGGUCUAGAUGAACUUUGUCCUAUAUGAUUGAGGGUGGCAUGAUUUAAAACGGAUUAACAAUAUUUUCCAGGCUUUUGGCAUAUCAGAAGUAUUCUGACUUUACAAUUGUUGCACGGGAUAGAAAUAACAUUGCGAGUAGAGGGAGAAUUGCUGUCUUUAGUCUCCAUGGGUUGAUGGAGUGCAAGCUGCUGGAUCCCAUAGUGAUGUUUUCACUUCUGCAAGAAAUUCGCCUGUUUGUCCCUGUCCUCAUGCAGAAAAGUAGUGAACAAGCAGGAAGCUCCAUAUGCCUGGCAAACCAGUCAAACUCUAAGGCAACCUGCACCUGUUACUAGAAUCCCGACCACCAUGAACUUAGAAUGCACAAAGGAGUAUUUACUCCUUUGGAUUUGCCUUGCAGUGCUACAGAGUCCUGGAAAUCUUUUGCACUGGCAUAGCACCACAUCAAUAACAGAUUUAACCUAAUUUUUCCUGCCUCCAACCACCCACAGCUCAACUGUCAGUACAUCUUGCAUAGCUCAGGAGUGACAGGUCUAGACAGAAGAGGGGUAAAACAAAGGAUAUUCAGGGUGGGGGUGCACCUAGCCCACCCAGCAACCCCUGUGACUACGAUGAACUUGGUUUAAAAAUACUUUGGGAGGUAGUAGCAGCACUGGGCAGGGCAAGGAAGGGCACUUGUUAAACUUGCUUUUGCCUUGGUGCUCCUCAUAUGGAUAUGUGCGCAUCCUAAUGAGCUCCUCUGGCUGCCUCCAACAUGUCACUAUAAAGAAAGGUCUUGAGAGACUGAACUGCUUCCCCCAGGGGCUGUGCUGAUCAUAUAUCAUUAUGCUCAAUGCCAUAUUCCAGAUAUCUUUAAGAAUGCGAAGUAAAAUACUUAAAGGAAAAUGAUUAAGUUGGAAAUUCAUUUCAGUGUGAAACUUUCUUUUUUAAUGAAUGAAUAACAGAAAUUGGAAUCAAAUAAUGGUUUCCAUCUCUUGAAUUUCUAAAGAUCUUCUCCCUUCUUGCUACCUUUUUUCUUUCUCCAUUUCCCACACACUUUUUUCCAUUUAGAGAGAUUUUUCCCACCAUUAUUAUACCCACAAAACAAUUCAGAUACUGGUUUGUAAUGUAAUCGCUGUAUAAUCUUCACCUACUUCAGUUCCAUCAGGACUGACCAUUUCUUCUUUUCAUUUUACAUUCAAUUCCUCUGAAUUAGAUGUACUUGAAAUGAAUACUGUAUAAUGUUCCAGUAAUAAAAACUCCCCCCACAUUCAAUUGCAGCUCCACUCCACUACAGCAUGUAACGUUCAGAAGUCUCCUAACAAUUUAAUUUUCUUUUCUGCAGGUAUAAGAAAAAUCUGAAAGCUCUCUACAUUGUACAUCCAACCAAUUUCAUAAAAAUUAUUUGGAACAUUUUUAAACCUCUAAUCAGGUACAUAUUGGUUUGCUGAAGACAAUUUUGUGCUUAGCUGAAGGGUAGUUUGCUUUUUUGUUAUUGUUAAGUGGAUUUCUAGAAACAUCUGUGUUAUAGAAAUCACAAGGUAAAAAUACUUGGGGAGCCUGCCAAUGAAAUAUAUUAUGGGUGAUGAGGACUUGGCAUGAGUACGUGAAAUUAUUUUAUUUUAUGUUUCCUCCUAACUUUGCUGUCUACUGUGUUCAGAGUUCUCAUUCUUCCCACUCUGUUCCAUUGCGCUCACUGUGUUGAUGUCAGAUACUUUCUCCUCUGUUACUUGCUGUCUGAUCCUAAACAUGUGUUGAUGGAACUAAAUCUCAGUGAGUUCAUAAGACUUAACUUCCCAGCAUCCUAGAGUACUCCUGCCUCCUUCCCAAAGCCUAGUUAGCACUUUCCUAGCUUGAGGGGGGGGGAAGGUGAGAUGGCUCUAGGACCCUGCCAGAGCCUUGCACCUUCUUCUCAAAGCCCUGGGGCAUCAGAUAAUGACUUCUCCUCCCAUACAACAAGGCAUUGUGUGGCCCGCAGGUCCCAUGUCAAAGUACUCUUGCAGCCCACUUGGUAUGAAAACAUGGACCACUCUGGUCUAGAUCAGUGUGGUGCUUAGGUACAUACGGGAUCUAGUGGAGUUCUUUUCGUCUUCAGAGCUCCUUUUGCUAAAAGUCCCCUCCCUUAGAUUGCAGCUGGUAGGCUGAGAUUCAGAGAACAUUUGUGUGUGUGUGUGUGUGUGUGUGUGUGUGUGUGUAUGUGUUUAAUGUUCAAGAAGUUUCCAAAUCCAAGAACUUACAAGGCGCCUGAAAAGAACUGCUUGCUUUCUUCUGUUUCAAGCUGAGAGGAAGAAUAGUUUAGAGGUUCAUGGGGGUAGGAGUAGGUGUCGGGUGCCUUUUCCAGAAGUAGCGAUUGGAAACACUCGUGUUUAUCUCCACCCCAUCCUUGAAGUUGGCUUUUUCCGGUCAGGGAGAGAGUGAAAGGGCUGGUUUUCAUGCCAUUAGAAAGCAGCAAAACCAUAAAACGUUAAUGUCAAGGUAGCAGAUUUUGCAGAACAGGAAGCCCUCCUGAGGUGAAGAGCAAAUUAUUUAAGGCACUGCUUCCAUGGGUAACACAAUCUGUUUUUGGUUGUUCGUGUGUGUUUUUCUUUUGGAAUUCGCUAAUAGGCUGGCAUAAAUGCUUCAUUUUAUCAUGGAAGAGCAUCCUGGAAGGCCUAACUAGGUUUGUACACAUUGAGGAGCAAGUGUGUUAAUUCUGUAAAAGUACUUCCUUGACAGCAGAAGCCAACUCUUUGAGUUAAUUAAUUUCUGCUAAUUAAAAUUUCUGCUGUCUUCCACUAGAGGGUGCUGGUGCAUACAGAGCUGGAGUUUCAAUGUUAUUCUGCAGAAUAAUUUACAGAAAUGGGAAUAAUAUUAACAGUAUGUUAGUCCAAUUUGUGUCUUAUUUUCAGGGUCUAAGUAAGGGAUACAUGAAAGGGUACUGUCUCUGGGGUCCAGAGAUCUGAGACUUUACCCCUAUUACCAUUAAGUUCUAGAUCAUGCUUGAUUAUGUUUAUGGAUAUCCUAUCCUAUGUUCAUAGUGUUUGGAUCUUGUAAGGUGUGCUGGAGCCAAUCAGAAGCUGAGUUUGAACAGAAUGAUCCGUAUUUUGAACAGUGAGUUUCUGGCCCAAAUCCUUCUCUACAAAAGGGAGAGUGUGCUGUUAAUCUAGGACGUGUAGUUCAAGAGACAAAGAGAUUUGUGCUUCCCUGUGUGAAAUGCUCUUGCACAGACUGCCAGCCGCAGAGUCCCGUGCACAUAGGGACAACUGUGGGAGGGACAAAGCAUCAUGAUAAUUUGGGAUAUUGAUCCCAAAAGCAGUGGGAGCCAAUUCUGCUGAUUUACAGACCCCAAAUAUCAGUGAGUAAAUGUCUAGUUAGCGAGCACACACCAUACAGGAGUGGAGUGCUGAGGCUAUUAUUAUCCUGAGUGAAUGUAAUGGAAACAAAUAGGCAAACAUUUUCUCAAAUUUUGAUGUGAAUCAUCCCAGUAUCAUAGAAUUGUAGAGUUGGAAGGCACCACAAGAGUCAUCUUGUCCAAACCCCCGCAAUACAGCAAUCUCAGUUAAAGCGUCCAUGACAGAUGGCCAUCCAUCCUCUGCUUAAAAGCCUCCAAGGAAGGAGAGUCCACCACCUCCCGAGGGAGACUGUUCCACUGUUGAACAGCUCUUGCUGUCAGAAAGUUCUUCCUGAUGUUUAGUCAGAAUCUCAUUUCUUGCAACUUGAAACCUUUGGUUCAGCUCCUACCCUCUACAGCAGGAGAAAACAAGCUUAUUCCAUCCUCCACGUGACAUUCCUUGAGAUAUUUGAAGAUGGCUGUCAUAUCUCCUGUCAGUGUCCUCUUUCCCAAACUAAACACACCCAACUCUCUCAACUGUUCCUCAUAAGGCUUGGUUUCCAGACCCUUAAUCUUUGACACUGCCAAAAAUGUUCUUGGAACAAUUUCAGCUCAGUCCCGUUGAAUAUUGGAUGAACUGCUUCUGACACUAUCUUUAAAAAAGAGAGAAGACUGUGUUGCGCUGCAUCAAAUUUGUCUGUAGCCUAUGUUAUCACAGCAGUACAGCGGUACCUCAGGUUAAGUACUUAAUUUGUUCCGGAGGUCCAUACUUAACCUGAAACUGUUCUUAACCUGAAGCACCACUUUAGCUAAUGGGGCCUCCCAUUGCCGCCAUGCCGCCGGAGCACAAUUUCUGUUCUCAUCCUGAAGCAAAGUUCUUAACCUGAAGCACUAUUUCUGGGUUAGCGGAGUCUGUAACCUGAAGCGUAUGUAACCUGAAGCGUAUGUAACCUGAGGUACCACUGUAUGGGAAAAGCUUCCAAGCUUCUAUCCCAUUCCCCUCUGACUGCAGGAACCAUGUGGAAGGGGCAGAUAAGAUCAUUUCUGCUUGGGAAGUGUAGCCCUUUCUAGGGAUCAAAGUUCUCGCCAGAAAAACAACAACAUCAAAUUAUUCCUGCAACGCAUGUGGGAUUGUCAGAGAAUUCCAAUGGAAAUGGGAGCGGAAAUUCCCAGUGUUUACUUAUUCAUCAUGCAUCUGGAACAGAAGUCAAUCCAGUGAAUACAGUUGGUAUUCAUUGCUGUUUUCAUUCCACAAAUGAUAUAUAAUUGGUAAUUCCCCUCCCCCCUAAUUUGCAUUGGGUUUCCUUUGCAUUGAAAAGAAUAGCGUGGAAUAUCCUAAUAAGAGCAACAUUAAUUGGCUUUCAUUGGAAUCCGAGCUGCAGCAGAAUGGAAACUACACAACCAGCACUGAUCCAGAUAUAUCCAGAUAUUAGCAGGAGCAGGAAGGUGGUUUCCAUUCUGUCAAGGUAGUGAAGAAUUGGACCUAUGGAAACUGCUGCCUGCGAUUUAAUCUUUCCAUAUAAAGCAAGGCACAAAUUGCUUUGCCAGCAAUAAGGUCUAUUUUUUCCACUUAACUAUUGACAUAGAAAGCUUAACAGAACAUACUCUUUCCAUACAUUUUUAAUGCUGCAUUAAAAUAAAGGUUUUUGUUUCCCUCUCAAAACAAUGGUUUCUAUAUCUAUGCAAAUAGCAGUUACAUUAGGAUGGAAGACAGUCAUUUUUAUUCAAAUUGGACUCAAGCAUGGUAUGUUUAUGUUUGAUCAAAUGAAAAUGAAUGCAUCUUGUGCCUUGGCUGCUUUAGUCAUAGUCCACUUUUGGCACUCACGUUGACAUUCAGGUUUCAUAAUAUUAAAGUAACACUUUCAGGAAAUAUUCCUAAUUCCUGUGUUUGUAUAAAUUUUCUUAUAUUUUUAGUCACAAGUUUGGAAAAAAGGUAAUCUAUCUGAAUUACCUGAGUGACCUGAGAGACCAUCUUAAAUACGACCAACUUAAGAUCCCUCAAGAAGUUAUUCGGUAUGUAACACGUUCAAAACAGUCCUUAAGGUUCUUCUUUUAAAAAAAAAGGGGGGGGGAGGUCUUAUAUUAAAUUGUUUUCCUUUUUCAGACAACUUCACUAAAUUUCUGUCUGAUUAAAUGUUUGAUAUACCCGAUCUAUUCUUGGCUACAUGCUAUCGUACAAAGUGCAUUGUCACCAGUAAUAACAUCUAAGAAAUGUUGAAUGAUUCACCACAGAGAAAGUAAAUAGGUAUCUGCAGGGGUUACACGUGGACCAGAAUAUCAUUUGGGCUGUAUUUAUUCUGCGUUGAAAAGGAAAAGGAAAUUCUGCCUCCAGUAAUCCAAACUGUGCACCGAGAAAAGCUGGUUUUUGCAACUUCUUCAAAUUAUGUGAACUGACAAAAUGUGUUCCUACAUUACUUAUAUUACUUCAUUGUGAUAAGAUAUGAAUGUAAGACGAGCCUGCUGGAUCAGACCAAUGGCCCAUUUAGUCCAGCAUCCUCUUCUUGCAAUGGCUGACCAGAUGGAUGCCUGUGGGGUGCCCACAAGCAGGGCAUGAGCAUGACAGUACUCUGCGCACCUGCAGUCGCUAGCAACUGGUGCUCAGACGUAUAAUGGUUCUGACCCUGGAGGCAGAACAUUGCCAUCGUGGCUAGUAGCUGUGGACAGCCUUAUCUUCCAUUAGUUCAGCUCUGCACUGGGUGAAGAAAUACUUUAUUUUAUCUGUCCUGAAUCUCCCGGCCAUUGGCUUCACAAGUUCUUUUUUUUUUUUUAUAAUUGAUAUUUAUUAAAUUUUCAAAGAAUAACAACAAAAAUUUCCAAAAAAAAAAUUGAGGAUACAAAAAACAAAAAUAGUACAUAAACAAAAAAGAAAAGAAAACCCAGCCGCAAGGAAAAAAAAAAAGAGAGAAACAGAAAAACAAAAAUAUAAAGUCCUUUACAAUCUCUAUUGACUUCCUUUCUAGACUUCCUCCUCCUCCCCCUCUUUUGUUUCUUAAUUUUUAAUUUUUACAGCAAAUCCUUUCUGUUUUUUCAUAACAAUCUGUCAUUACGUUUCCUUAUUCUAUUUUCCCUCUUGUCAUAUAAAAACUUUAAAACUCAUAACUUGUAUUCAAUAUUUACCAAAUUCUUGCAUCAUUACCUUUUUACGAAUCAUUUACCAAUCCUUACUUAAGCCAUGUAAUUUCAUUCAACAUCCUUCAAACAUUUGUAAGCAUUCCUAAUAUUAAAAAAGAAAAAAGAAAAAAAAUAAUAAGUCAAAUUCGGUCCAGUCAGCUUCCAACCUCCCCUCCCCUGGACCCGGGAUUGUCAGUCCUUUUAACCUCGAUAAUCCGGCUCCUUAACCUGGUUGUCUCGUAUCCGAGGCCCUCAAGUCUCUUUCUUGCCCCUUUCGGCACUCUUGUUGAUGAUUCCUUUCCAGUCGUGGAUGCUCCAGCAAGAAAAUGCUUUUGACCCUUUGCAGCAAGUCCAUCCCAAACCCAUUGCCCAAGCCAGACAGCAAAUAAUACCACUUCAAAUUUCCACAAAGCUUGAAGACUUCGGCUACUCAAUCCUCUGAUAGCCCAUCACCAGACUCGGAAGGUCCAAAUAACCAUAUGGAGGGUCGAUCCAUCCCCCAUUUCCAAAUCUGACCACAUUUCAUCUUUCCGAAUCUGGUUUGUCCCAAGUUCAUUUAUAAAGUUCAAAGGCUGAUCUUGCCCGUCCAAAGGUCCCUCCAUCUCUGAAGCCUCCGUCACUACAGCAGGUUCAUAUGCUUGUAUAGCCUUUAACUGAAUUUCAUUUGUUUGCUGCUGUGCUCUGGUAACUUCCAUCAUCAAGGUCGUCUCCUGACGCAUCUGGUCCAGCUGGGCACUUAGUUUUGAAAAACCUUCCAGGAACAAUUGUUCAAGCCUUUGUACUAGCAUUGUCCUUCAAGGUCAAAGAAAAUUCUUUCCCACGACAAUAGUCCAAUAGUCCUUCUCUUUAAUCUCUCUGCGCUGUAAUUUCACUAAAUUCCACUAGAUGGAAAUUUUUUUUUUUUUAAAGGAAUAAAAGCAACAGCAACAAUCUUUCUUUUUCCAGAAACACUUUAUCCAAAAUUCCCCUUCCAAAUUCAAGAGGCAACAGUAGAAUCAAAAUGUUACCCUUCUUUUAACUAACUGUCGAGCUGGAUAAACUUCAGAACGUCAAUUCUGACAGCCCGCUCCUGGUUCAGGGCGGUGGAAAAUUGCUUUAUUUUAAACUCACUUCCGCAGGAUUGAAAAGUCCAAAUACAACCCCCUUCUUCUCCUGCAGUCAAAGGGGGGGUUCAGAAAUCUUAGAUGUUGAAUUCUAGUUCUCUUAGAAUUUAAUUUUCAAGCUUUAGUAUAUUUUGUCUUUGCUUUCUUCACAUAACAAAAGAACGGAAGGCGACUUCCUGUUUAGACCUUCCCAUUCCGAGUCCCAAUUAAGUUCAAUUUCAAGUCCAAUAUUAUUUGUUUAUUCACCAGUCUUAAAAGUGGUUCAACUCUUCCAAGAUCAGGUACUCACGGAUAGAUAUUUUAGAUGCCACAUUGUCCAGGACAAAGGCAGCGCUCUCCGAUAACGGCAGUGCGGCUUUGCUGCACGGAGGAAGCAGACGACUCACAGCACCACGCACCUCCCACUCCGGAGCCCGUUACCGGGCUCCUGUACAAGGGGAGAGCGCUCUCGGUGCCCGCCGAGUCCCACGUCCACAGGCUUCUUCCGCCUGUGGUUUUUGAGGGUCCCCGCUGCACCGUAGCGGCAGGACCCAAGCCUCCGUGCAGCGGGUUCCCUUCAGUCCGAAGGGAAUUCCGCCAUUUUCCGGAGGCGCCACCCCGGAAGUGUUCUGGCUUCACAAGUUCUAAUGCUAAUGACUUUUCUCUAACCACUCUCACUAUGCCAUGUAUAGUUUUAUAAACUUCUAUCCUGUCACCUUUGACUUGUCUUCUCUCUAAACUAAAAAGUCCAAAAUGCAGCAACUUUUCCUUGAAGGGGAGUUGCAGAGCACACUAAGCCCCUGCAUUAAACCACUGGCAACCAGCUUCUUCUCUGACUUCUGGUUUUUCAGCAGGGAUUACUCACACUUUCAAACCUAUCCAGCCAUAAAGGCCAGAAGCCUCAAUAGAUUACCAGUGGAGUGUUCCAGCAAUUCUCAUGUCACCAGAACUCCCAGUUGCAGCCAUUGUUAUUUUCCUUAAAGUACUUUGAAUCUCCAGAUGAGGGAAGUAGCUAUAAAAUGCUUCGUGACGGUAUUUUACAUGCUUUGGUUGACUGACAGAAGCUGGUGUUGCAGAUCAGAUCAGAAGCAUCAGCCACUAGCCAUAGCAAUAAAACAAAACAAAAUGCACUGGUGCUGCGUCACUUGUUAUAUAAAUGGGUUUUUGUACACCACUACGUAAAUAUAUAACAAUUAAACGUUCAUAUAUGCCUCCCUGCUUAAUAAAUAACCAUGCAGUUAAUGUACAGGAGGAGUUAUACUUCCAUCUUGUAAAAGUGACAGAAUUACGAUUUUAACUCAGAGCUGUUUUGCAAACAGAGGCUGCCAGUCUGGUUCCCUAGCAAGCGUUGUGUCUAUGUAUGCUAAGUGUAUUUGUAAAUACAAGUAUGCCCAUGCAUGCUUGUUGUUACGACUUUAAAUAUUCAAAUGUAUGUGUACACUAUCUUAGCUGCCCACUUAAACAAUGGCGGUGUAUGAUAUGGCCCUUUGGUCCAGCCUUGCACAGUGGUCACCUUCCCAGGUUUUCUGCCCAGAAGCUGACCUCCCACAACUGAGGAAAUGAGAGAGCCGUGUGCAGUCUAGAGGUUCACUCUUCUUGAUGUUCAAAAGUGUGAGGUGUGUGAAGUCAAAGAGUGCUAAGAAUUGCAGUUGCAGCUGCCAUGGUACUGCGUUUUCUUUUGCUGCUCCAGAAGUAUUUGGAGGAGAGCCUCCAAUGCCGGGUUGCCAGAGUAGGCACCAGCGUUUUUUGUGACAAAAAAGCCAAAGAAUAUUGAUUUGAUCUUGACAGAAAAUUACAAAAAUACGGUAUAUCCGGAGAUAAUUUGGCAGCCCCCCGCCCUGAGAUUUUGUCUGCCUUGGGGCCUCCACAGGGUUUAAUCCAGCACUGGGAGCCUCUGAACCAAAAUGCACAAGCUGACUAGUUAAGCCUAGUUAAACAAAAGAAUUUGCUCCUGCAAGAUGUGGUUAUGGUGGACAACCAGGAUGGCUUUUAAAGGAUGGGGGCUAUCAGUGGUCUCUAAUCCUUACCUCCAGGAUCAAUGGCAAUAUGCUUCUGAAUAUCAGUUCCUGAAGAGCACCAGCGGGGAGAGCGCUGCUGUGCUCAUAUCCUGCUUGUGGGCAGCUGGUGGGUCACCCUGAGUACAGGAUGAUGGAGGAGAUGCGGCUCUCGCCUGAUCUAGCAGGGCUCUUCUUAAAUUCUUUCUCAUCUUACUCUUGUGCAGCUUUAAUGACAGAAAAGAGGGAGGGCAGGACACACGCAGUUGCCAUACAACCAGAGAAGCAGGACACUGUUGCAUUCCUGGUGCUCUCUUUCUCAUGAUCUUAAAGGGCUAAAGGCAUUUUAUUUUAUUUUAUUUUAUUUUAUUUUAUAUUUUAUUAUUUUAAUUGACUCAGAAUAUUUAUAGAUCUUCCCCCCUUUAAAAGAGCUCAGGGCAAUGGACGUCAAAAUAAACAGGCAAAAUACAACACUCUCCCUCCUCAAGGUCAUUGCGAGAACCAAGAUUCCAGCAUUAGUGCUGCAGCUUUCAAACUACAGUGGUACCUCGGGUUAAGUACUUAAUUCGUUCCUGAGGUCCAUACUUAACCUGAAACUGUUCUUAAGCUGAAGCACCACUUUAGCUAAUGGGGCUUCCUGCUGCUGCCGCGCCACCGGAGCACGAUUUCUGUUCUCAUCCUGAAGCAAAGUUCUUAACCCGUGGUACUAUUUCUGGGUUAGCGGAGUCUGUAACCUGAAGCGUAUGUAACCCGAGGUACCACUGUAAAACAAAAACAUCAUUUAGACCUGAAGUACCCAUGAGAAAAGUGUUCUAGCAGAGUUCACCUAGGCCUUGAAUCCAUAUAGACCCAAUAUGGCUGCACUUUUCCAUGCUUUAGGUGGUUAAUCUCAUCUAAGGUAGGGUUACCAUACGUACAGAAUGGAAACAGUGUCUGGGCAGGAAUCACUUCAAUGUCCAGGAAAAUCUGGACGUAUGACAACCCAUGUCAGCAGUUUCAUUUUUUUGUUUUUUGUUGAGAUUAAAAUAAAAAAAAGCUCAACAACUUUGGUGUCCAGAGAUUUUCACUUUUGAAAUAUGGCUGCCCUAAUCUAAGGUGUGUCUCACAAAUAUUCCUUAAAAUAUGUUCUUUAAACAAAAAAUAAAAACCCUAACCUGAAGAUAAACAGUAAUGUUAAGGUAUUCCAUAUUGGUGCAAUACAAAAGAAUACCAAGUGAUGUCAUCUAUCAGAUAAGAUGAAGUGUACUCCAGCAAGUGGGGAAUUGAGAAUAGCAAGUGGUACAUUUUGUUGAUAUUUUAUGUUUUAAUAUUCUGUGAAGAGAUUACGGUCUGAAAUUAAGAUUUCAAUGUGAUUGAACUUCUAGAACUUGUUAUACGUCUUUGUAAGUUUUUCUUGAGAAACAUGAAUGAUUCAAACAUCGUUCUUGAAUAUUAUGUGUACUUUUCUCCACUAGACAUGAUGAAAAUCUUCGGACUAAACAAAAGAAAAAGCCACCUACUGCAGUGAAGAUCCCUCCACCAAGACCCCCUCUUCCAACCCAGCAGUUUGGUGUCAGCCUCCAGUAGUAAGCCACACAAUUUCUUUCAUAUGUUCUUGGAAAAAAUGAGUUUUAUUUUUACUCAAUCUGGAUGAGUCGCCAAGUGUUCCUUUGUUCUCUUUCUCAGUCUCUCUUCCUCACAAUGCUUAAAACUCCUUCAGUUAUGAGUGCCUACAUUACAACAGAGAACUCAGAACAUUCAUGGUCUACAGUUUCUCAGAAACACAUUUAUUUUUGAGACAUUAAAGAAAGGAAGGAUAAGGAAGACUGUUCUUAAUUAUUGUGAAAUGACUACAUACUGAAUGAAAUCAUUCAGUACUCUGUAGAAUGCAAUCUAUAGGAAUGAGAAAUCCCAUGCAUUUGUAUGUGAGGCAAAAUCAUUUUUACACUAGUAUAUUUUGUUAAUUAUGUGUGGACCAACCCCAGCUGACUUUGGAACUGGUCUGGCCUAACUGGAUUUCAGACUGUGUUUGGAUUGGGUUCCUGGCUUUGAUGCCACAUUGCCAGAUCCUGAAAGCAUCUUUUCCACAUGGACUUAUCUGCUGAGGAACCUACCAAAUUGAGUCAUGCAACUAACUGGGUCUACUAGACCCAAAAUUUGUAAACAAUGUGGAAUAAAGUCACUUUUGGGGCCCUGAAGUGUAAGCUUCAUUAGUUUCAAGGUAGAUCUGCCCCUGCAUUCCUUAUACAGAACCAAAUUUCUUUUUAUUGUAAAGAACCAGAAAACAGAUGCUGUUUUGCAGGUUUGGAUCAGCCACAGAAAUCCAUCACUGAUGAGAGGGCUUACCUCUGUCUUCAUCUAGGACUGCCACAAUUCACAUGCCACGCUGGAUAAAAACUCCCUUCCUUCCUAUUCAUUCUUUUUUAGCGCAAGGUGGUAGUAAAGAUUUGCUUUCUUGGAAAGACCAUUACGGACCCCUGUGGAGUACAAGAUUAGUUAACUACAGAAAUGUUCCUGGUAUCUGGAUACUACAGAACGGAUCAGGAACAUUUCAGAGAUGAGCUGGGUUAUAGUUUGAUUACUCAUUGCUUGCUGAGUCACAGCUGAGCGUGUGAACAGACUCCAUUGAGCAGCAUGGUGCUUGGAAAUGCUCUGAAUUUUCAUUCAUUUGUAAUUUAUUUGAGAUGGCUUAUUCACACAGGACACAAUGUCGCAGUAAUCAGUUGAUUCAAAUAUGAGCUGUCCCUGUAAGAAAAUGGUAUGGAAACCCUGUGAGAAAAUUGUUCAGAUUUGUUUUUCUUUCCUCCAACAGUCUCAAAGCUAAAAACAAAGGUGAAUUAAUCCCACCAGUAAUGAAGCAGACGGUGUCUUAUCUAAAAAGGAAAGGUAAGGAUUUACUUUGGCUUUAGACAAAAAAGAUUUUGUGAUAAAUAUCUGGGAUGGGGAGGGAAUUCCAGCAGUAAGUUUCCAGGGUGAAAAGCAGCUGUAGGGAGCGAGUGGAUCAGACCACAGAGCCACGUGGGUGAAAUGAAAGAACCCAAAAUGCAUUCUGUUCUAAGCAUCUAGCUUCACUGCUUCCUUGAAUAAAGGCCCUGUAUUUACAGUGGUCUGAAUAUUUAUACAACACAAUUACCCACACACCAUGCACUAGUGACUUUUUGCUUAUAAGGUCAGGAAAUGGCAAGUGAAGCUCUCUUCACAUCCUGGGCUAAAUUGUUCCAUUGAUUAUUAAGUAGAACUUCCCGUAAGAAUCAAUGAGGAACUCUGCUUCCAAAAUAGAAAUGUCUGUAGCCAACUCUCCCUUCCCUUUGCAUAUGCUUUUAAAUAAAAGAGUUACAUACACAUACCUGUCAGUUGGACUUAGGACUGUGAUUCCUGGCUACUCUGUUAAUGCAAUGUUGUAAAAUAUGUACAGUGGUACCUCGGGUUAAGAACUUAAUUCAUUCUGGAGGUCCGUCCUUAACCUGAAACUGUUCUUAACCUGAAGCACCACUUUACCUAAUGGGGCCUCCCGCUGCCGCUGUGCCGCCGCCGCAUGAUUUCUGUUCUCAUCCUGAAGCAAAGUUCUUAACCCAAGGUACUAUUUCUGGGUUAGCAGAGUCUGUAACCUGAAGCGUAUGUAACCUGAAGCGUCUGUAACCCGAAGCGUCUGUAACCCGAGGUACCACUGUAUAUUUGUUUUUCAUGUGCAUAUUGCUGAUUAAACACAGGAGCCAUUCCCAAGUCGUUAGUUUCUGCUCGUGCUAUUAAGUAGCACACCCUUGCUUUCAUUCUUCUCUUGGCCCUUGCAUCCAAGCCACAAAAUUUGUCUUAGAAAGGAGCAGGGACUACUACACCCACUGACCACUGGUUAUUUAGAAAGGUGCUUGUAUCCUCCUUGAGCCUUCCUUCUCAGAGCCAACACUGUCAUUCUUUCUCUGCUACCCUUUCAUACUUCUGAAAACCCUGCAUAUCAGCAGUUUCAGUCAGCCUUCUACCAAUCUCAUGGAAUCCUUCCAUCCCUUUGCUAUCAAGGUGAAAUCCCUGGGCAUCACUCAGCUCAGCAGUUACCCUCCCCCCCCCCCCGCCAAGGGUGUAGUGGAAGCUGCUUUACCACUCAAUGCUUUGAGUAUCUAAAAUGUGGCAAAUAUCAACAUUCAUACCUGAAAAUUGGCAAUCUCAGGCAAAUUUUGUGAACGUUAGCAUUCCCUGGUGUUGUCUUCAUUUGUUGGGACAGCCCUCAACAGCUUAUGUGACUGUCAGUGUUCACUGGUGCAUCCUUUAAGUAUUUGGACCGUCACAAAUUUCAUCUGGGGUUGUCAACAUGCAAAUGUCAUUUGCUUGUUUUCAGACAUCCACAGUGGUGAUGUAUUUCUUUAUUUGGUGCAUUUGUUAGCUGCUCAGCCAGCAAAGUCCUGUUAUAGAUACAACUCAGAACUGCUGUGUAUAUGCGGUGUAUACUGUGUACUGUAUUUGUAUUUCCCCUUUGAAUGUGGGUUAAACUGACAUACAGAAAAGCAGCAAAUGUGAAGCAGGUAUUAGAUUGCUCCCAUUAUGUUUCAGAUACUUAAUCAUAGUGGUAAACAUGGGCUUAUUUUAUUCUCACAUCACUCCUUUUAAGUAGGCUUGGCAGAGAGAGAGAGAGAGAGAAAGAGAGAGAGAGAGAGAAGCUAACCAGAGAGGUCACCCAUUGAGCUUUUGGCCAGAGGGGAAAUUCAAGCCUCAUCCACUCUCGUCCAAGUCCAGUCUUAGGGCAGGCUAGAUUUGGAUUGCAUAUACGCAAAUAUUUAUUUUCCUUUCCUGUGUCAAGGAUUGGGGGGGGGGAGGUAAGCAUUUGAAAUUACAUUCUUAAAUGUACAUUUUGAAAAUUCCUUAUUAUCUUUGAAUGUGUGAGAACUUAUGCCAGUAUUCUGUCCAUAUCCAGAGCUGGAACUAGAACAUGCAGUUGAGAGUAAAUUGCACUGAGCUCAACAGGAUUUCAAUGUUUGGGUGUGUUUGUAGGGGUUUUUUGUUUUUUCCCCCCCCAGACUUCUUUAUUGAAAGUUCAAAAAGUACAUAAUUAUAUGUGCACGAAACAUGAUGAGACAAAAAGAAAUACCACCCAUGUGGACGAAGCUACCAACUUGAGUUUGACCAAACUGCGGGAGGCAGUGGAAGACAGGAGUUCCGGGCGUGCUCUGGUCGAUGGGGUCACGAAGAGUCGGACAUGACUAAACAACAACAAGUAGAAGAAGAAGAAGGGAAAAUAAAGGGGGAACCCAAAACUGUAUACUUUACAAAGUUGUUAUUGUUCCUCACCAGAUCUUAAACUAUUACAGUAUUUAUAAGAAUGGAUUCAAAAUAUCAUUGAAUUUGUCCAUGGCAAGUCUGUGUUUAUAUGCAAGUUGUUCAGAUGUUGUGAGUUUGUAUAAGUCUUCAAUCCAAUCAUAGAAGGGAGCUGCAUUUUUAUUUUUCCAAUUCAUCAGUAUCAGUCUUUUUGCUGUGGUAAGGAGAGUCCACUCGUAUUGUCCUUUUGUAAGGUUCCAUGUGCUGGGUAUAUAAUUCAAGAGGAUAUUUUGCUCUGUAAAUGUAAGGUUGUUCCAUACAGUUAUGUUGAUAGUUUCAGCUACCUUGGGUUUGUUGGAAUACGUAUAAUGCUAAGGCAGAAGACUGAACUGCCCAAGGCUAUUCUGUAUGUCUAGCCAGGAAUUUGAACACAGACCUCUAAAAUCCACACCCAGAUAAGCGCGUGUUCAGAUAAUCAAUCAACCAUUUUGUAUAUUUAUCUUCCAAAAAGACCAAGGGAUAUCCACUCACAUCUCAGGCUGCCUGAUUAAUGCGCUCUCUGAUAUGAAUAAUAGGUCAGACCAUUAUUUCAUAUUUCUAUGCUGUAGUUAAAUGUUGCUCUGUCCUCAAGACUGGCAGGAAGGCUACCCGGCAAAGGUUUGGUGCUAUGGCACUGCUAAAGUAAGAAAGAUGUGAGUCUCAAACAACCGUUCCAGACAAGCACAGCUGCUGUCUGUAAUUCAGAUUAAUGUCUUCAAUUAAGGCUUGCUGCAAGUCACUUUAAACUAAAGCAUACCGGGAAAAACAAAACAAAAACCCAGCCUGCUAAAAGGAAACAUUUAUUAUGCAGCACUUUACACAAGGAGAUCUUCAACAGACAAGAGCAUUAACUGUUAAAUAAACUCUCGUGAACCGAAGGACUGACUGCUCGAAAAUCUAUCCCAAGUGAAACUUGUCUAGGCUGUAGAAGAUAAGGGCAAACUAUUCUGCCCACAACAAAAUUUGGAGAAUGAGAAUGAAAGUUGUCAUUUGGGACAGGAAAAAGAAUAAAGCCACAUUUUCCAGAUAGCUGAGAAAGAAGAAAGCUUGGACCCAAGCAAGGAAAUCUGAAAGAGAACUCAUUUGUACAACAUCAACAACAACAACAACAACAACACAAGCUGUGUAUUGGUGACAAAGUCACUUCCCAUUUCUACUUUUUAAAGGAUGCAUGGUGGAGCCGCAAUGUUGCUAAGCUCAUGGUUCCAGUGCUGCGCAGCUCACAUGAAUAGAUGGAUUGUGUGAGUGGCUUCUUCAUGCAACUGAAUCUUCUCAUGCUCAUCAGAAUCAGUUCACAAUCUUUUAAGGACCGAUGGAAACGCUCUUGUAUUUAGGGGUCAACUCAGAUGCCCAUUUAGAGUAGCCCAAUGAGCCAACUAUGUGGAGACAACUCCCAGUCAGGGCCAUCCCAUCCAUGAAGCAGACUGAGGCAGCUGUAUCAGACUGCAACAUUGAAGGGGUGCCUCUGCAGGCAUGCCCACUGCUGCCACUACCACAGAAGUGAGGAGAAACAGCUAUGACAGCUUCUGGGUUGUGGCGGGACUUCAGCCCCACCCAAUCAAACUGAAGCCUCCAUGUGAUCUCAUGGGGCUCUUAUGCGAUCUUGCCAGGAGCGCCGGGUUCCACCCAAUAUUGUGGGUGCCUGGUGCGCACAAAGUCACGCACGCUGCACAUGAUGUCACACACUGGAAGGAGCCCUGGCGUGCCCUCCAAAAGGCCCAGAGGGGCCUGCUACGGCUGCCCUCCUCACAGUAGAGGGAGCCUGGUGCAGCCAGGGCAGGGCCCACUGGAGCCCAUGUAGCUGAGGAAUAUUGAGGAGGCCUGGCCCCCUCAUUGAAAAUUUUGUGGCUGCCUUGGCACCCACGGCCCUGCAGAGAUGGUGCCAUUGGAUCUCACUGGAACCUGGAAGUUGCAGUUGCACAACCCAGGUAAGCAAGGCUUUGGUGGGCAGCGCAUGUCAUGCCGAUUCAACAAUUCCCCAGCUAAAUCUGACCCACUUGCAGGUUCAUUUUAAGGUACUGGCAUUAUCCUAUGAAUACCCUAAAGUUUGGGGCAGCCUCUCUGAAGGACCAUCUUCACCCUUAUGACCCUGCCUUAAUAUUAGCAUCUGAGACAUUGCUUUGUAGUUCACCAUUGAGACCCUGAUGUUGGGAAAGAUGGAGGGCACAAGGAGAAGGGGAUGACAGAGGAUGAGAUGGUUGGAUGGAUGGUGUUCUUGAAGCUACCAGCAUGGGUUUGAUCAAACUGCAGGAGGCAGCGGAGGACAGAAGUGCCUGGCGUGCUCUGGUCCAGGGGGUCACGAAGAGUCGGACACGACUAAACGACUAAACAACAACAACAAUUGAGAGCUGUCAUAUUAGUGAGUACCAGGGACGGUGCCUUUUCCGUGACAACCCCACAUUUGCAGAACACAGCCGCCACCACACCGGAAAUAGGUUUGAUCCUGUAUAUUUGGCCUUUAGGAAAGCUUUAAAGAGUUCUUUCAUCCAGCUGAGUAAUUUUAUGAUGCUGUGUUUUAACAAAUGUUUUAUCUCUUGCUGCCAUCUUUUAACAUCAUUUUAACUGUUAGAAUUCAGAAUUUUAGGGUAUCGUUGCUAUGUGAUUAUGUUGCAAACUUUCUUGGGAGGGUACAUAUCCAAAAAACCAGGUCAUAAUAAAUAAACCUGACCCUUCCUGACAGCAGUCAGAGCAACUGAAAAAUACACUCCUGUACUCACGUGAAACACCACCAGGGUGCAUCUCCUGUCUCUGUGAGCAUACUUAGUCAGACAUCCCUUUCUCUUGCACUGGAGACUUAGGGAUCUGAACCAGCAGAAAGAUGUUUGUGAACAGCAAUUUUAUGAGGAAUCCUAUUAAUGCUUCCCCACCCCCACCUCCUUACAGGACUCAAAGCAGAAGGACUGUUUAGACGGUCAGCUAGCAUACAAAGUAUUAAGGAGAUCCAGAAACUUUAUAAUCAGGGUAAGUUUUCAUCUGCUAUAAUCAAAAGAUAAUAAUGAUUUUUAAAAUAUUGUUUAUGUUGGUGAGCAUGGAUUCCUUAUUACUCUAUUGGUUAAUGAUAAGCUGAUUUGUAACCUGAAAUGUCAUGUUGUGUAAGGCUGUCUUCAGUGAGUAGUUGAUUAAUCAUCUGCCUUUUAAUUGAUGACAUUUAAAUAGAUGUGCAUAUUACCAGAUAUGGAUUCCUUUGGGGAAAUUGAAAGAAAUUUGAGAUUGUGUUUGUAUAGUAAAUGAUAAAUUAAUGAUAAAUUAUAGCUCAUUGUUAUGAGUAAAGGCUACCCUUAAUUAUUUUUCCCAUUCACUAUUACACUAACCUACCAGAACCACAGACGUGGGUGGUGCUGUGGGUAAAACCUCAGUGCCUAGGACUUGCUGAUCGCAUGGUCAGCGGUUCGAAUCCCCGCGGCGGGGUGAGCUCCCGUCGUUCGGUCCCAGCUCCUGCCCACCUAGCAGUUCAAAAGCACCCCUAAGUGCAAGUAGAUAAAUAGGUACCGCUUUAUAGCAGGAAGGUAAACGGCGUUCUGUGUGCUGCGCUGGCUCGCCAGAGCAGCUUUGUCACGCUGGCCACGUGACCCGGAAGUGUCUUCGGACGGCGCUGGCUCACGGCCUCUUGAGCGAGAUGAGCACGCAACCCUAGAGUCGGUCACGACUGACCCGUACGGGCAGGGGUACCUUUACCUUUUACCAGAACCAUAAUAAUAAACAAUUAAUAGAUAAACUAGCAGGAUCUUAAUUUUUAGCCUUACCGAUUGAAAUUGGUCCAUGCUAGUUAAUCAACUGAAACUUUUAGCCAAGCUCAAAAGAAUUACAGUGGGUGUACUCAGUUGGAUUUAGGCAGCCUCUUGCUAGGGCACAAGAUUUGCAUCCAUGAAGUCCCAGGCUCGGUCCCUAGAAUCGUCACUUAAGAGGACGAUUACUUCACAGACUAGCUAAUUCGAAAUGUUUGACUGCAAGAGUGAGCAUGGCCAAUGGUCAGGGAUGAUGGCAGUUGUAGCCCAACAAGAUGCUGGCUAGCCCUGGAAUAGACAGUACUGUUCUGGAUGAAUCAGUUGUCUGACUAUAAGGCAGUUCUAUAUCUUGACUCACUCCGCCUUUGAAUGGCAAAGUUACAUUCCAUAUCACAAACCCAUUUGAAGGUCCUCUAUGUUUCUUAAGUGCAUGAGGGCUGCUUUUGCAUAAACACAAAUCAAAAGACUCUUUGGGAAUUGGGAAGAGCUGUUCUGUGGGUCCAGGCUAUAGCUGACAAAUCUACUGGUUGAAGUAAGGGCAUUAUGUCAUCCUAACAUUAAGAUAGGCAGCAACAACCUGUGAAAUAACAGGAGGCAUUUGAAAUGUUUUGAAUACUGAAUAAUUACCUGAUGUCAUGAAAGGGGUGAAAUCAAUUGGUUGGAGAGUUACAGCGCCUAUUGUGGCCGUAGAGACCAAUACAGGAGAGACAUGUUUUAUUGCAGCUGGUUUCUUCUCUCUGCAUUCCUCCCAGCGAUCAUUCUUCCUCUGGUCACACAUCACUCACUGUCUUCAGGGGCUGUGAUCCUCGGCAAGAGAUUCCCACCGGGCAGGGUUAAUGUUGCCAGCCUUCAUGUUAUGUUUGCAGACAUCUUCAUAAUGCAAUGUUGGUCUGCCUACAGGCUGUAAAUAGGUUGUAAAACUAUAUUGCUAAUUUGGCUUUUUUUUUAACGUAGGAAAAUCUGUUAAUUUCGAUGAUUAUGGAGAUAUCCAUAUUCCUGCUGUCAUACUUAAGACUUUACUCAGGGAACUCCCAGAGCCUUUACUGACCUUUGAACCUUAUGAUCAAAUCAUUGGAAUUACCAGUGAGUAAAUAAUAAUAAUAAUAAUAAUAAUAAUAAUAAUAAUAAUAAUAAUAAUAUACAGUGGUACCUCGGGUUAAGUACUUAAUUCGUUCCUGAGGUCCGUUCUUACCCUGAAACUGUUCUUAACCUGAAGAACCACUUUAGCUAAUGGGGCCUCCUGCUGCUGCUGCGCCGCCAGAGCACGAUUUCUGUUCUCAUCCUGAAGCAAAGUUCUUAACCUGAAGCACUAUUUCUGGGUUAGCAGAGUCUGUAACCUGAAGCGUAUGUAACCCGAGGUACCACUGUAAUAAUAAUAAAUAAUGUGCUUCUGAUUUAUCUGUGAUUUCUGCUGUCCAAAAAACACUGCCAGAACUGACCACUUGCAAGUCCCAUGGAUUUCUGUGGAAGAGUUGACAUGCGAUGCAGUAUUCAAAUCUGUCUACAUGAACCAUGAGAGACACAUGCUUUUCUUUUACAGACACCUAGAAUUUUCAAGACUUUGCAGGCCUACAAGUGAAAUCAAAGUUCCCAUUGCAGGGGUUCACAUAUUUUGGUUGGGCUUUAUAGUCAGCCCUGAUCCUCCCUCAAGUGUUGUGGAACUUGAUACAGGCAAGGAGUCAACCAUUUCACACUGGACUGUGCAGACACUGAGAAGAAGCAAGAAUAUUUUGCUGUUUCCGGUGGUGGAUUUAGAGCAGUGCAAAUGCUUUCCCUGCACAGGUGCUAAGCCAAGGGGGCACAAAAUGGAGAAGAGACAUUUGGUGACACCAAAUUUUGGCCUCACAAAGGGCGCCAUAUUACAAAAGAUUACCAAACUCUAUCCCUGCUGUUUCGAAGCGUCUGCAAAGGGUGGUACGAAAUUAGAAGCUGGUCCCUCCUUGGUGCCAAGUGCUCUGCAUCUGCCAAAUGAUUAGAGGAAAGAAUGUCAUUUGUCACUCUUGCUUGGCAUGAAGUGAACCUGUGACUCUUCUGCAUUGUGUGGAGAAGUAGGGUGAGGGGUGUGCUGGGUUGCAGCUUGUGUUUGCGUGUGUUUUGGUAAGAUCACAUUAGAACUCAGGUUCCCACUAGCUAAUGGAUAAGUGGUGCAGUCUUGUUUAGAUUGAAUUUGGAUAUGGAAGAGAUUUGGGUUUGGACAAAGGGUUCCCAGGCAGUUUCAUUAGAGGGUGUAAACUGGAACUGCAAGUGCAUUUUGUCCUCCUUUACAAAAGCCUUGACAGAUAAGAUCAUUUGGGAUCAAACAAAGACAUACUGUUCCUCUCUGGCAAUGCACCUCUUUGACUCUUUAUCAACAUUAGUUCUAAUAAAUUCUGUGCUCUUGCAGGUGUAGAAAGUAGCUUACGGGUGAUGAACUGCAGAGAAAUUGUACAUGGACUUCCUGAGCAAAAUUAUGCUGUUCUGAAGUUUCUUAUAUGCUUUCUCCAUAUGGUGAGUAGGAAUUAAAUCCUCAUGAUUGCUGCUGUUUAAUUCUGAAGCUGUUGUGCAACAACUGGUUUUAAUUCUAAAAAUUGCAAGGAGGCUGUGAAACAUUAAUUGCCAAAACAGCAGUUACAAACUGCUGCUGUCUCCAGUAAUAAUAAAAGUCAGAGCAGACUAAUGACCCCAAUGAUAACUUUAGUAUAAACCCCUUUCAUAAAUAACCCAUAGUGCCAUGUAAAUCCAAAUAAAAUCAAAUAAUCCACUGAACCGCUUAAAAGAAGCAUUUACAAGCCUCUCUUAUUUACUUCUUAAAGCUUUCCCUUGAUUUGUAGGCUAGAUCCUUAAACGUGUGAACAUAAAUAUUACUUUUUUCCACUGUGAAAACAAAACUAUAAAGUCUGUCAAAGGAUGCUGCAUCCUAAAUUAUGCAACGCAAAGUAUGGCCAUGUGUACCUUGCCUUGCCUUAACUUACUCUCUACUGUUAAGUAUGUUCAGAAGAUCUGGACUGAGAUCUGGAAUGCAUGUUAAAGUUGCUGCAAGGAUGCCACAAGGAAAAGUGUCUCUGGGGCAAGAUAUUUCCUCCUUAAACCUAAGCUUCAGGUGGCAAAAGGGGUGUGCUGUCUUCCCAUGGGACAGUGGCCAACUGCACAGCAAGUCACCUGCUAGUGGUGGGUGGAAAACUAACUCACUGUGUGGCUCUCAUUUUCAGCAACCUCCUGGUGACCACUAUAACGUGUAUUUAAUCCAGCUUCAAAGCCAUAUCUAGCCAAAUAACAAAAUAACAGCAGUCUGGAGACCUGCAACCAUCCAAUUUCCAGUGGCACCUAUUGAAGUAUGUGUGCUUAUCUUUUAAAUCUGCUGCACUCUGACCACUUUUUCCAGUGUGGGAAGUCUUUUCACAUACAAAAAAGAAUGACAUCCACACGUUGAUCAUAGCAAGGGACAGUUUUGCUGCAAAUACACAUGGCUGUGAAGCUCCAGUUCGUCACAGCUGCCCAGAGCAUGCACACCAUUUCUAUACACAUUUAUUCAGCUGCAUGUGAUAUAAUAUUAACAUCGCUUUGAGGGGUUUGUCUCUCUGUUGUUAAUGGGAGGAGGCUAAUCAGCUGGAGCACAGUCUGUCUGGAAUCUCUAAUGCGCAGGCCUCACUGAGAAGAGCCACCAUUCAUUCCAAGUGAGAGCUGCUCCGGAAAACAUAUUGGUGCCCCAUAGAUCAAAAAUAUCCAUCACUCACUCUGUUGCCUGUAAUGAUAAGUAAAACCUGCCUCCUAAGGCAGUUGUCUUGCUGGCAUUCACACUUCCUUCAUCACAUUGAACGCCAGCCCAAAUUCUGUAAUGGCCUCUGCUUUUGUUGAGCCCAGAGAGGCCGCAGCUUUUUAAGAAGCAGAAGUGCCUGGACCACGUUGCAGAUGGGUUACUACUACUAAUAAUUUUAUUAUUUAUACCUUGCCCAUCUGGCUGGGUUUCCCCAGCCACUCUGGGUGGCUCACAACAUAUAUAAAACAUAUAUAAAACUAGACUAAGUGGCCCCUGUGACGCAGCAAGGUGAUUCUUUCAUUCUGCCUCAGUUUCCCUUAUAAUAGAGCCACUUCUGCUUACACAGUACUACAGAAUGCAUCAGAUACCUUCAUCUGUCAUUGCUUAAUAUAAUCUCCAGAAGCUAUUAUGAAAAUCCUCACCUCAUUUGCUAUUAUUUUAGCUACAAAUAUCUCUCCUCAGCAUUAUGGAUCUAAGUGACUUUUUGUUCCAGUAAUAGACAUGCCGUUUCAACACACUUCUCAACGCUCAAGGUGUUAAUGAGGUGUGCAAAAGUACUCUGUGAUGUCUCUGGUAAUUGGAUAACAGAACAUAGAAUUAUUUUUGAGUGUCCCUUAUUAUGUAAAGUGCAGACUUGAGUUGAUUUUGGUGCUCAGAUCUGCAGUUUUUGCUGAUCCUUGUUUUUUCAUCUUCACUGUCUGAGGGAACACUUUACAUUUGGAAAGGUCAAGGUAGUGUGAACAUCCUGGGAGGGCAGCUGAAGAUUUUCAGUUGACAUAAACAACAGGCGGCUUUGUGCAGUUCAGCUUGUGGCCAGCAACAUUGGUGGUCAAUAAAGUUAGACAUUUCAAGCCAAAGGAUGGCUAUGGACGCCAUCACACCAGCACCGGGGGCAUUAUUGUUUUAAGCAGGGCUCUUGGGGAAGUCUGAGGUGGCAAAAGGGACUCUGUGAAGGUGCUCAUGUGGGAAGGCUUGAGAGAGAGGGAGCCUCUCUUACACAGCUGUUUGAAAUGAAAAACUGCAAGUCCCCUGCAGUGGACUCAGGUGGGGGGGGGGCGGAAUGUUCCUGAUAUAUAUGAUGGAAACAUUGCACACUGUCUCAGUUCAGAAAAGGAUUUCACCUACUUAGGAGUGUCUCUUGCUCCAAAGACAACUCCCAUCCCACAAGUCCUAGAGCCUACUAAUAAAUCUCAUUCUUACCUUGGUGAGCAUGGCUACAAAUGAGAUCGAUACAAGCACAUCUUGCUUGUAAUGAACAUAUUUUAUUGGCAGGCACACUGAAAAGUAAACAUCCACUACCACCACAAUUUACUAAAUUUUUAACAGACAACAUAAAAGUAUAACCAGCAUAGAAGCAUAGAAUGGCAGAGUUGGAAGCUACCACCAAGGUCAUCUAGUCCAGCCCUCUGCAGUGCAGGAAUCUUCUUGCUCAGCCCAUGACCCUGAGAUUAAGAAUCUUAAGCUCUACUGACUGAGUUAUCCCAGGGACUCCCAUCCCUGGGAAUUGCCACUGCAGACUACCUGAAUAAAGCUAGCAGGCCACUCGUGGUCCGUGGAGCCCCACUUUGAGAUCCCCUGGGAUAGGAGAAAGCUGAGGGCCUGGCUCUGGCCUCCAUCCCUGCCCCCCAAGGAGGAGAAGGGAUGAGGCAGCUUGAUGCUUCUGAAGGAGCCUUCCCCUGGUGUCUUACACAACACCACAUGUCUCUUCGUCUCUUGAGAACCCAAAGAGCUCCUUGGCAUUUCAGCAACUUACACCCUUGUGAAUGUGGAUUCUGCUUGCUGUACACACCCCUGGACCUGGCUCACGUCGGCCGACCCUGCUCUCUAUCCCCAUAGUCUAAGGAACCUUUUGGGCUCCAUGAGCCAACCUUCUCGGGACUGGCCUUGGGCAGGUGGGCAGGGCUGGAAAUGGGUUUGGCUUAAUCUGCGGAGUUCGUAUCCUGGCUGUGGUGCUUUGGGUUUCCAAAUUUCAGCAGCAUCCCAGGCAACAUCAAAAUUCAGUGCCCCCCCCCCCGCCUUCCAUUGUUUGUCAUUGUUGUGGUGCUCCCUGCAUUUGCCCUCUUGGGCAGGCAAACCGGUCAAACUCCCCUAACUCCAUCUCUACUUUGCUGUUCAGAGUUGGACUCAGAUAACGGUUAGAGUUAUGUAUACCAAUUCCUAUACCUGCUAGUAAACAAAUCUGCGUCAGUUGUUUAUCUUAUUUUAUUGCAAGCCAGUUCAGAGGCUGGGCAGACUUCUUGGCAGGGAAGCAGAGGGAAGAAUGAAAUCUUUAAACGGGAGGCAGCUGUGCCUCCAGUUCUGAAUAGUUAGCAGUUUGGUCCUCUGUGUGUCUUGUGCUUAAUGAUCUGCAUGUGUUGCCUCUUUCCAGGUGUCACAGGAAAGCAUUUUCAACAAAAUGACUGGUUCCAACCUGGCUUGCGUCUUCGGCCUGAAUUUAAUCUGGUCACCCAAAGGCACUCCUUCUUUCAGUACUCUGGUACCGAUAAAUAUUUUCAUUGGGUUACUGAUAGAUUUCUACCCCACAAUCUUCAGUUCUCGAAGUGUACCUGGUGAGCAGUUACCUUGAAAACACAUACAGUACUGGGAUGCACCCCUAGGAAGGACACUCAUUAUUCUGCGCUAGACGCCACUGAGUCUAUUUUCAGUGCAUACAGAAAUGAAUUGCUUCGCAUGAAGAAGCCUUGUACAAAAUAGGCUUAUUCCUACUGGCAACUCCAGCUGCCAGGUGUGUGUGUCUUCCAAACCUGCUACCUCUGUUCCCUUGGUUGAUGCCAGAGAUUGGAUCUGGGACCACUAACAUACAAGACAGGGCACUUUUCCACUGAGCUGUGCUCCCAAUCAAAUUUCUCUUAAAUUUUUCAAAGCACAUGACUGUGUAACAUCUACAAAGCUAUCAGUACAAAAAAAUCUUAGAAAGUAAUUUUGAGGAAGCAAGGUGUAACAGUUGAUUUAGAUUUCAUUCCUUUAGUAAUGUCUGCCUUUUAAAGCAUUUAAGUUACAAACAGUCUUAAAUUACUUAUACUGUAGCCCACCUGUGAUCUUUGGAUGAAGGACAUUAUAUAAAUUUAAUAAGUAAUAUUUUUUGCUAUGUUUUCUCAGGAACACUUUAUACAUUUAUGAAUGCAAUGCUGUAUAAACUGUGUAUAUAUGGAUUUUUGUAGAGUAAGUGUUUAUUGUAUGUGAAAUCCCUCCUCCAAGGGUUCAUGGGCAUGGGUUGAUAGAGGGGAGUCACAUGAGUCCUCCUCUAGAAAGAGGGAUUUGGUCUAAAUCUAAAUUCAGUUGAUCUCUCAUCAUGUGGCUCAGAAACUGAUGGCUGACAGCCUACUGACUGGCGCCUAGCAACAAGUACAUACUGCUAUUUUAGCUGCCACUAGAUAAUUAUAAAUGUAUCCUGGCACCCUCAUUGUUUAAUAUAUUUAUAAAUGACCUAGAGGAUGUGCUAGAGGAGCCACUUGGCCACCCGCCCAAACUUGGGGUCAGGAGGACUCCAUUAUUAUUGUAUGCUGACAACGCAGCCAUUCUCUCAUGUUCCAGACCAGGUCUAAAUUAUCAGCUAAAGAGGUUCAUGCCUUAUUGUGUACAGAAUGGCCUAAAAAUUAGUUUUGGGAAAUAAAAAAUUUUGGUUUUUGAAAAGAAUCUUUCCCACUGCAAAUGGUCACUUAGAUGAGCACGCCCUCAAUCAGAUUGGAAGCUUCCAAUACCUGGGGCUGACAUUCCAUCACAUAACGACAUGGAUCACCCAUAGAUCUGCAGCCCUCCAGAAAGCACAAGUUAGUCAAUCGGCCACUUUACUAAAGGGGGCCAGUAUAUUCCACCUGCCAUCAAAAUAUUCAGGACAGCUGCCGAAUUACUAUUUGCCUCUAAUAUCUGGAGUGGAGGAUUAACAUCUGAGUUGGAUGAUCUCCAGGCUAAAUUCUUGAGGGCUGUCCUCCAGAUCCCCAGAUGUGCCUACCUCAGUCAUUUUCUUGGAAACUUGGGAAUGCCUGCUACUGACCUGGGCCUGGUGGGCAGCCUUCAGAUACUGGCUUAAAGUCAGUGUUUUCAUAUUGGGGACAGGACUACUACAACAUCUAGCUCAGAAUGAGUAUGUUAGUUUCUGGUCCAAGUGCAACGCCCAAAAAGCUUCCUUAAUUGGGCUGUCCCCAUCUCUUCUUGAACACUUGGGCUUCAACAUAGCCUUUAAAUCACUAAAACAAAGACUGUGGGCUAUUGCCUGUGGUGAUCUGCAGACCUGUUCAUACUCAUCCUGCUCACCAAGAGCUGUGAGUUUACAGUAUGUCGGGACAUUUCACAUAGCUGAAUAUCUAAAGAACUUGACUGUGGUCAACUACCACAGACUUUUUACCAAGGCCAGACUGAAUGUGUUUCCUUCUAAAAUGCUCCAAGGCAGAUUUGCAGGUAUUUCCUUACUCUGCUAGAUUAUGCCUCUGUACAAAUCAGGAAGUAGAAUCUAUGCAGCAUAUUCUACUGUCCUGCAGACUAUACAAGCAGGUCCGACAACAAAAGGUAAUUCCUUUAAUUGCAAACCUUCCAGGAAGACCUGCACAAUUUUAUGUUAGGUACCUAUUAGAGGGUAGGUUUCCCAGUGUAACUUUGGCAGUUGCCAAGUUUCAUUCUAAGGCAUGCUUUGAACUCAGAGAGCACUUUGUAUUAGUUAAAGGUCUGAAAGAAGCUUAGUUUUAUCUGAUGUCCAAGUAGUAAGUAUGUUUUAUGUCUUUUUAUGUACUGGAAUCUAUUGGUGAGUCUUUGGACUGCAAUAAAGAAUUGAUUGAUAUACUUUGACCACACAUUAA